CAUCAGUCCAUCUGUCUCUGUCUCAGUCCGUCUGUCCUUCUGCUACAACAUGAAGAAACAUCAGGGACUCUGGUUUCUGCUCUGGGUGUACAUUUGCCACUUUGGUCCUGUGUUUUGUUGGCACGACUUAGACAACAGUGAGUAUGACUGCUGGCCUCUGGUUGGACCCAACGAAUACAACAUGAUCGACUGUGGAGGCCUGGAGAUGGCCUGGAUUGUUCGUCCUCCAGAGUUAGUGAAGAGCGGUGAGGUGUUCAGCGUCACAUACUCUGUAACAGCCCGGGACUCUUUCUACCACUGGGCCAUCCAAAACCAGAUCUUCUCCCACAGUUCCAUAACAGACGCUGCAACAGCUCGGCGGUUCUGCGAACAUCACGAAUGUCCAGCCAACUGGAAAGAUGCCAACGGAGAAAACUGCUGCAUUCAUCAUGCCAACAUCCACUCCUGUCCACUAGGAUACAUGACAACAGAAAGCAUCUGUGGCCCCUGGAUUCCUGAUGAUGGAAAGAUCUUCACCCACACCAUCUCUACUUCUGGCAAGAUGACCCUAACCAACUGGACUGCCAAGGUGGUUCUCUUCCAUCCUGGUCUGACUUCACUCAUCGCUCACAUACGAGUCGGCUCCAUGCAAGCUGCCCUGGAGGCAAAAAGUACUGUUUUGCCUGCUGUAGUUUGUGGUGAUGGCAUCUGUGAGGAGGCAGAACUUUGUUCUACUUGUCCAGCUGAUUGUGGAGAAUGCCCCAUGAGCCCUGUUACCAAGCUGGCCAUUGGCCUGCCACUCAGCCUGCUAUGCCUUUCCUUUAUACUGACUGCAGUGUGGCUGAGGUACCAGAAAGAGAAACUUUUGUGGGAUGAAAGCUGGAUCAUUGACUUCUUUACGAUUAAACAAGAUCAAGAAGCUCAUAUGACCAUGGGCAGCAUUAUGAGUGUUCCAGCUGGCAACAGCGACAGUAACACCAGCUGUGUGACCGCCUUCAGCUCUUGUACGGGUCAACCGGGAACCCGGAAGACACUGUUUACCUGCACGGGGAUAUAUGAUGGCAGGACUGUGGCCAUCAAGAAAAUCCAAACAAAGAACUUCUCUCUGUCCAAAUCCAUCAGACAGGAAGUCAAACAAGUCAGGGAGCUAGAUCACCCCAACUUGUGCAAGUUCAUCGGUGGCUGUGUUGAGGUUCCAAACGUUGCCAUAGUAACAGAGUACUGCCCAAAAGGAAGCCUUAAUGAUGUUCUUCUUAAUGAGGAGAUCCCACUUAACUGGGGCUUCAGGUUUUCCUUUGCAGCAGACAUCGCCAGAGGGAUGUCGUACCUUCACCAGCACAGGAUUUGUCACGGACGACUCAAGUCUCUGAACUGUGUCUUAGAUGACCGCUGGGUCUGCAAAAUUACAGAUUACGGGCUGAGAACAUACCGCAGGGAUGAUGGGGUGGAGCCUCUGUCCACCUAUCAGCAACGACUCUUGGAAGUGUACAUGCCACCUGAAUUUCAGAACUCCAACAUGGAGCCAACGCUUGCUGGUGAUGUGUUCAGUUAUUCCAUCAUCCUACUGGAGAUAGCCACUCGCAGCAAUCCAGUCCCAGCUGAGGAGUCCAACCUUGAGUGUGCAUGGUGUCCGCCUUUACCUGAGCUGAUCUCCAGUAAAGCUGAUAACACCUGUCCAUGUCCUGCUGACUACGUAGAGCUGAUCCGUCGAUGCCGCUCCCAUAACCCCGCCCACCGACCCACCUUUGAGCAAAUCAAGAAGUUUGUUCACCGCAUCAACCCAGUCAAAGUCAGCCCUGUGGACAUGAUGAUGAACCUGAUGGAGAAGUACAGUAAACACUUGGAAGUCCUGGUGACUGAACGGACUCAGGAUCUAAUGCACGAAAAACAGAGAACUGACAGGCUGCUAUACAGUAUGCUUCCUAAGCAAGUGGCUGAUGACCUGCGUCAGGGGAAGCCAUCACAAGCUCAGAGCUAUGUCAGCGCCACAGUCUUCUUCAGCGACAUUGUGGGUUUCACCCAGCUGUCCAGUAGCAGUACUCCUUAUCAGGUGGUGGACUUCCUCAACAAACUCUACACGACAUUUGACGACAUCAUCGACAACUAUGACGUCUACAAGGUGGAAACCAUCGGCGAUGCCUACAUGGUUGUGUCAGGCGUUCCCAAGGAGAACGGGAUACUCCAUGCUUCAGAGAUUGCCAGCAUGGCUCUUGACCUGGUGGGGGUCUGUCGCACCUUCAGGAUCCCACACAAACCCAACAUGCAGCUGCAGAUUCGAGCAGGGAUACACUCUGGUCCAGUGGUAGCCGGGGUUGUGGGGACGAAGAUGCCACGGUACUGUCUGUUUGGAGAUACAGUCAACACUGCAUCCAGGAUGGAGUCCACAAGUCUGGCCCUGAAGAUCCAGUGCAGCUCCAGUGCAUUUUACCUUCUGGAGGAAAUUGGUGGCUAUGUGCUGGAAUGCAGAGGGAUGCUGCAGGUGAAGGGGAAAGGUGACAUGGUAACUUACUGGCUGGAGGGGAAGAAGUCGUCUCUAACUUCCAAGGACGUCAGCGCCAAGGAACCCAAACAAGCCACCGUGGAGACAGAGACCGAAAUGGAGCGAGAAUUGUACUCAUCCAUGCCGGGGUUUCUGAACGAUGAUCUCAUGGACCCGGCUUGAUCUGAUCCGAGUUGUCAGGUGUUGCUUGUUUGUGUGAAAAUUGUGCAAAAUGUGUUAAAGUGUUUGUCAUGAAUGUUUGUUUGUCACUUUAAACCCACCAGCACGUUCAGGUGGUUCAUCCUUUGAGGGAUAUGAUUACUGUUACUGAAGCACAGACGUUUCUUACAUUUAGUCUCAAACCAUUUACAAAAAUAGUAAACUGUGACCUUAAUCCAGAGUGAAUAUAUAACAUUUGUAAAGUCAAAACUCGAGCAGACAUGGUGCCAUGUUGCACCAAACUGGUUACCUGUGAAAGGAUGGACAUGUUGGUGUUUUUAUUUCUCUUUGUGGGUUUAGAAAUAAAAUGUUGGACUUCUCAAACAUAUUUUCAUAGCCACUGUGGUGUAAAAAUAAAACCCCUGCUAUUUUCUCAGAUGGAACAGUUCAGCUUCUUCAUGUUAAGUUUUAACUGAGCUUCACAGGAUUAAUAUUAACCUAAUUAAGAGGGAUCUUAUUGAAUACUUUUACAAAUGAAACAUCAAAGCUGCUCCCACUCCCUCUCUGCUGUGCUUCAGCUCUGCCUCCAAAGUCCCUCCCAGGAGGACUUUACUCUGUGGAAGUAAACAUCUUGUAGAUUUGGUUACGUCGUCAGGCUCCAUUAUAACCUACGGCUUCCUACUUUAAACAAUAUAAUCAGACAACUGAGCAAAUUUAUUAAGAUUUUAGGACAUCAACAUGAGCUCACAUAAAUCAGUUGCCAGGCAACAUAAGGCAGCAACAUUCACGUAUUACUCUAAAUUAAAUGAUUCCAGAGACUGAUAGACCUCACUUAGUUAAUCUAAACUUUAUUUCCAAUGGGUGGUCCGUGGUCAUCCUACCGUCUUCAUCUGUGGAAGACCGAGAGGAGGCAGAGGUACUCAGCCAGCUUCUUCUUCUGUGGUGUCAGCUGCUGUGGCUGAAUUCUGCAACCUGUUACCUGUUUGGCUGAUCAAUGACCCAUCACACUGUCCAGGAGCUCUAACACCACAUCCAACUCCACUUUUAUCUUUUUUACUGCUGCGGUAGUCCUUUUAUUGAUUAUUGUUCAACUAUUCAUGUUGUUUA